AUGGUGAAGGCACCUUGUUUCGACAAAGAUGGAAUUAAAAAAGGUGCAUGGAGUGAAGAGGAAGAUAGUAAGUUAAGACUCUACAUUGAAAGACAUGGUCACCGUAACUGGCGUGAACUUCCCAAGUUGGCUGGUUUAUCUAGAUGUGGGAAGAGUUGUAGGUUGAGGUGGAUGAAUUAUUUGCGCCCAAACCUAAGGCGUGGGAAAUUUACAAAAGAAGAAGAUGAUGUCAUUUUGGAUUUACAUAAAAAGCUUGGCAGCAAAUGGUCAGUGAUGGCUGCACAAUUGCCUGGAAGAAGCGACAAUGAAAUAAAAAACCACUGGCACACACAUUUGAAAAAUCACGUCCGGAAAGAUGAAAUUGUGUCAACAAACGAACAAGUUGGAAAUUCUGAAUCGGGUAACCACAAAGGCUGCCCUGCAAAAAUAUCAGAUUUAGAAGCCCAAGAGGAAGUUGGAAUUUUAUUGAAAGUACUAUCAUCUGGAAUGCCAUCAUCUUCAACAAGUGAACAGCCACAACAUUGGUUGAGUGACUCAAGUUAUGCAGUUUCGAGCAAUGUUAAACCACAUUAUUUUGAUUCCGUCAAAAGUUUCUGGACUGAGCCAUUUUUACUUGACAAUGACGUGGUCCUAUCAUCAAGUGAUGACGUGUUUUCACCAAUGUUCUUUUGA